CUUCUGUAAUCUCUCAAUUUCUGUCUCCCGCAUACAGAGCAAUGGAGGCAGUUCAGUUGAGAUGUGGGACUGGAGGUAUUUGCAGGCCCACAAUGGUAUCCUGGGCCCCUUCGGGGAGUUGCUGACUGAGGGCGACCUACUUUACUUGGAGAAGUAGAUUGAGAAUCUGUAGCUGAGGAACAGGUGUCAAGAGUGUGAGAGAGAGCUGGGGUGCCUGGUGGAGGAGCUGCAGACCAUCCUGCCUGCCCCCAUUGUCCAUAUCACCGUCAACAGCCAGCUCCUGCACCAGGAUGGCCAGGCGCUUCCUAUCUGGUGCAGCCGAAUCUCUGGCAUGGUGAGGAUGUCCGUGCUGCUCACUAAUGUAAACGGCCUGAGGAAGGAGGCGGAGAUGCCAUCCCCUAAAGAAUCAUCCGGGCCUAGUGAGGGUAAGUGUCCAGGGGGGAGAGCAGAGAGAGAGAUUCUGGAGUAUGGCGUCUCUGACAGGAAGCAGAGAGGUAAUUUUGAGAAACAUAUUCUCCCAGAACAAAGAAUGGCCUUGGAGCUAAGAAUGGCCUUGGGAACACUCAGGAGGGUGCUGUGGAGCAGCAGUAAGAGCAAGAGAAAACUAGUCUGUGAAGAGCAUGCGUUUGGCGAGAUGAAAAAUGCCAGUGACCCUGGGAUCAGCUGCAAAGAGAAACCUUCAGAUGUGAGCAGGUUUCUUGUUCCAGUGGCAGAGUCCGCUAGCCUCAGGAAAGAACGAAUAGUGAUGCUGUUUCUGUGCCACUGGAAGAAAUCUGCUUCCUUGAAAAUCACAGCCAGGAAAAAGCUUGAGUCCCAGAGAGUCAGGAAAAUAGGAGAGGUGGAGGCAGCUCUAGCGGUCAGAAAGGAACAGAUUCCCGAGGAGAAGCCGGUGGUGGAAAUGAGAAAACUGAGCUAUUUAAUUCACCAAAGGAGCACCAUCAAGAACCUGAUUGGCAACAGGAAGGACAUCACCUCUCAGGUGCCCUCACGACAAAUCCGCAGCCUGAACCGCCAGCAGGCUAUCUAUUCCCUGAAGCAGUUCCUGCCCCACGUCAAUGGAGUGCCCACCGAUUACAACAGCCUGACUCUUGACCUCUUUAUGCUUGGCGACUUCCACAUCCUGGAACUGGACCUUCCUCAGGAGGAACGCAAGAUGAGGCACCUCCUCUGCUUCGAGGUGAACGACCACUUGGGCAGACGCUGCUGGGAGACCCUGCGAGCCUUCCACAAGGCAGUGACUGAUGAAAUCAGUGGUGGCAAGCGCGGCUGGAAAGAUAGCUUUGAAGACAUUAAGAUCAUGUUUUUUGGUAACGCCAAGGACCUAGCCUGGGAGCUGGAACCAAGUAGAGCAUCAGCGGAAAGCUCUCUAAAGCCAGUGUCCAGCGUUUGGGUUCAGAGUGCUGCUCUUGAGCAAGGUGGACAUGAUCCAGGAAACUGUUCUGAGCUAGGCAGCUUCAACAAUGAUGAGAUCUGCAGAUACGUUGACCGCAGCUUUGCCUUCUGGAAAGAGAAAGAAGCUGAGAUCUUCAACUUCAACUUUGAGGAGUAAGCUCCUUUGGCCAUGUUGGAACUGCCUUCCCUUGGCCUUGUGUGAAUGGGAGCUUGGGGGCUGUAUUGCACCUGGGAUGCUGGUUCUUCCCCCUCCCCAUCUCUCAAAUAUGUCAAGGAAUAGACCUUGAAGAGCUCAGAAAUUUUUCUGAUGGAGAGAUUUCUGAAUAGAUUUUGGAACUAGCAGGAAGAUUUUCCAAGGCACAAAGAGGGAAUUAGGUAGCCGACUCCCAUUGUGCCUUUGACAAUCUACUCCAAGGCUCUUCCCCUCAGCCUUUUCAACUGUUAAGAUGCCUCUUCUUUUCAAGCAAGCUGCCAUUUCUUCAACAAGACAGCUCACCACCUAUCCCCUCCACCCCAGCCCACCCAGCUAUUCUAUCUCUGGCAGGAGAAUCUCCUGUGAUUCUUUGUCUGCAUAGCAUGACUUUGAACGCUAUGGAAAGCCCCAGAUGGAGCUGAACCUGCCAAUGGGCUGCCCUCUGCACAAACACUCACAGACCCUAGUACCAUGGGAUGGCUUUGAGGAUACAGGGAGUAUCAAAGGACAAAUUCAGCUGCAACCGGCAAUGCCAGCUAAGGAAAUGAUUGGCAGCAGUAAAAGGCCAGCAGCCUCAUGCUAGGCUCUGCAUAUGUCACCCCUGCCAUCUCCUGGCCAGUGCAGAGACUGACAUGGACUGCACAGGCCGGAUUCUGGACUGAGGAAAAGUCUUGUGAGGAGACUUGUGGGACAUUAAAACCGAGAAAUUCUCUGGCUUGGGGUGGAUCUGUGGUGGUCAGCAGGCAGGGGCAGGGAAUUCCAGAGAUGAAGGGGAGGGAGUGGCUCAGGUCAUCUCUGGCUUGUACUUGGUGCAUCAUGGUUGGGCUCAAGAAGGAGCUUCCCCCACCUUUUAGUGACUGGAUCGUGCAUCAUCUCAAGAAGGGCCCCCCCAAAGGGGGAAAGUAAAUGUCAGGUGUGCCACAAGUCAGACACCAGAGCUGGGCAAACCUUAUAAAUAAGGCACUGGAACGGUGAUUGUGAGCCAAUGCCUGAUUGUCUGAGCCUGAUUGUCCUCUCACUUAUAUGUAACUGCAGUGACUUUGGUGGGGUGACUCCUGAUUUACUCGAGAGAGAGAGAGGAGAAAGCUGGUACUUCAUGACCAUUUCACCUCGAUAGCCUGCAUGAGCUGGAGGGUUCCAUAAAGAUCAAAAAUCCCCAGCGAUCACCUAAGUGAUUUAUAACGUUCAAAAGUAGGUAAAUAGUUAACAGAAAACACUACCGAUUUACUAAAAUUCUCCAAAAGAAAUAAGCUCUCUUCCUUGGUACUUCAUCUCCUGUUACGAUUACAUACCGAA